AUGAUACCACAAGAUUUGUAUAUGGACGUACAUGAGUCUAAAAUUUUCAUUCUAGAUCUAGAAAAUUUAGAUGAUAAGAAAUAUUCACCAAAAGUAACGAGUCAGUUGUAUCGAUACUGCUUUGUAGAAUGGGAAGUGCUUUCUUUUGUGAAGUAUGAUGAUAGCAUAAGUGAAUAUAUCGAUUUCGAAGGUACAGACAAAGAAAAGAUUGAAAGAUUUGUAACCACAAUGCAUAAAGGUCAUCCAAAAUAUGUGUGUUGUUAA